CUCAACCGGAGCCAGACUGGGCUGCUGCUUACUCAGAGAUGCAGAAGAGAGACUAGCAGAUGGAACAUCUAUGCUUUACAGAAUCAUUUGAAAAUCUCAACUGCAGGAUAUUCACUCUGAAAGCAGUGUGUGUAAAUGGAACUACAGAGUUCAGAUGAGCCAUAACUUGUGGAAAAUCCUAAAGAUGGCUAAAGAAGACUCCACUGUUCGUUGCUUCCAGGGCCUACUGAUUUUUGGGAAUGUGAUUAUUGGUAUGUGUGGCAUCGCCCUGACUGCAGAGUGCAUCUUCUUUGUAUCAGAUCAACACAGCCUCUACCCACUGCUUGAAGCCACCAACAAUGAUGACAUCUAUGGGGCAGCCUGGAUUGGCAUGUUUGUCGGCAUUUGCCUCUUCUGUCUGUCUGUUUUAGGUAUUGUAGGCAUCAUGAAGUCCAACAGGAAAAUUCUUCUGGCGUAUUUCAUUCUGAUGUUUAUUGUAUAUGGCUUUGAGGUGGCAUCCUGCAUCACAGCAGCAACACAACGUGAUUUUUUUACACCCAACCUCUUUUUGAAGCAAAUGCUGGAGAGGUACCAAAACAAUAGUCCUCCAACCAAUGAUGAUCAAUGGAAAAACAAUGGAGUCACGAAAACCUGGGACAGGCUCAUGCUUCAGGACAACUGCUGUGGUGUUAAUGGUCCAUCAGAUUGGCAGAAAUAUACAUCUGCCUUCCGGGUUGAGAAUUCUGAUGCUGACUAUCCUUGGCCUCGUCAAUGCUGUGUUAUGAACAACCUGAAAGAACCUCUCAAUGUGGAUGCCUGCAAACUAGGAGUGCCUGGUUAUUACCACAGUCAGGGCUGCUAUGAUUUGAUCUCUGGACCAAUGGACCGACAUGCCUGGGGUGUUGCCUGGUUUGGAUUUGCCAUUCUCUGUUGGACUUUUUGGGUUCUCCUGGGUACCAUGUUCUACUGGAGCAGAAUUGAAUAUUAAGAACACAGUAUCACUACCACGACACCUCCCCCAGUGACUCGGGAUCUGGUGCUGACCACUCGACUACUCUUCACAUCUGUGUUUCACAGGAACAAGUGCAUUUUUACUCAGAUUGCCAUGUCAGUAUGGAGUCCUUCUAGGCUCUCAGAUUCCAAAUUCUCAUCCUGGUCUAGAAUCCUGAAACAUUUUUAUAAGCUGUAAGAGAAGGUGGACUUGAAAAGUUGGUGAUAACAGUCCCUGUCCCUUAUUUUUAAAGUGGGGGUAUAAAAACAUUCAAGAGAACCUGUUUUAUCACAGCAAGUCAAAUCUGUAUGUAGUAUCUUUUAGUAUUUUCUAAACAAUAGUCUUCAAAGACCCUCAUUUCAUUUAUCAAUGUCUAAGAAAUCUGAGGAAAAGGUUGCUGAAAGACAUUUAUCUUUUUCCUUUUAUUCUAUGAUGGUGAUAGAUGGGUGAUUUAUAGAGACUUUCAUUUACUAUCAAAAUAUUCUUCUUCUGAACUGUUUCCAUCUGUGGUCCUGAAAGAGGCUCGUAAAACUCAACAUUUGUGUGUCUAAUCUUAUAAAUAAAGAAUUUUUCAAUGUUCA